AUGAGCUCUGAUCGGGCCAAACUUAGCACCUCACUGGACGAAAGUCAACUAAGCCAGGUUCGGGAGUGUCUGGCUAGCUUCACUGAAAACACAAACAUCGGUUUGCAUCAGGAUGCCACAAUGGACAACUCCUAUGCGAUGGGAUUCCGUUCUCCAUCAAUAAACGCACUGGCGGGUCACGGUUCGCCGGUUCAAGUGCGAUCGUUACGCGAGAAUGAAGAGGAAAUUUCGACGCUUCGCAAGGAGAACUUCAACCUUAAAUUACGUAUAUAUUUCCUCGAGCAGAAGGCAGGAAUAUGUUCCGACAGCGACCUACCCGCGCUGGGUGUGACUACGGCGUCCUCAUCGGGUGCGUCAUGCGACGGCAACUAUCUCAAGCAGAACAUCGAUCUGAAGGUCGAGGUGGAAUCACUUCGCCGGGAGCUGCAGGAGAAACUAGAUCUACUGCGCCAGGCGGCCAAAGCGAUCGAGGUGCUCGAGGAGGGCCAUCGUAAGACGGAAGAGAAACAUCGCGAGAUGGUGAACGAUCUGAACAACCGCAUCGAGAUGCACCAGCUCGAGAUUAAGACACUGGAAAAGGUAGCAGGAGAGCUGAAGCAGCAGCAUCGCGAGCUACAACUAUCGACCAGUCGUACGGCAAAUGACGCGGAAGAUGAUCAGAACGUCGUACAGUCGGCGGAGGCAACACCGAGGACGCCACGGGACAACGCCGGGGAGAGUUUACUCGAUUUCCUCGACACGGUGCAGCAGCAUAGCGAGCUAAGCGUCCAGGAGAAGCUGAAGGCUCUCGAGAUGGACAACGUCAUCCGCCAGUGCCAGGACCGGAACGAGGAGCUGAGCCAUCAGCUGGAACAGCUGCAGGCCGUAAUUGACGAAAAGACAUCCAAAAUUAGUCAGCUGGAGGCGGAGCUGGGCGAACUUCGUUUUGAAAAUGCGGAACUGCGUGAGGAAAAUGAAAAACCGCAGGCCGAUGUCGAGAUUGAACGACUUAAGAAACAAAUCUUCGAUGUCCGAUCGGAACUCGCCGAGAAGCUAUGCGUCCUUGAUGAUACUGAGUUGAAGCUGAAAGAAAAAACGGCCGAACAUACCAAAUCCUGCAAAAUGGUCGAGAAACUAGUCAAAGCAAUAACGGAACAGGACAAAGAAAUUGCCAAACUGAAGCGCAAUUCGCCGACCGAUUUAAAUGGUCGUGAUGCCAUACGAAAGAACAUAUCACUUCCUUCCGAGCACGGCACCGCCGGCAGCAGUAUUCACGAAGUGCAAGAAAUCUUAGAUCAAGACCGGAAACCCGUGAGCCAGUCCGAGUAUGACGCGUUGGUACAGCGAUCGAAGCUGCUGCAACAAAAGAAUGAUACGCUCAUCCACAAGCUAUGUGGCAGCGGAGGAAACGCUGACCAUCGGAAUGACCGCAACAUCAUCAUUAAGCAGCUCAACGACGAGUUGAUUCAGGCACGCGAGGAAGCAGAGAAGGCGCAAAAAUGGCGCAAAGAGUGUGCGGAUCUGUGCGCAAUUUCGACGUUGCGGCUGGAGGAGCUGGCAGGAUUUCUGGAUUCGCUGCUCAAGAACAAGGAGCUGGUGAGCUCGCUGUCGAUGGAUCGUCGCAAGGCCAUCCGGAAAGCCGUGGAUCGAAGCCUGGAUCUUUCUCGCAGCCUCAAUAUGUCGAUCUCGGUGACUGGAUUUUCGCUCGUCGGCAACAACAGUCUCGCGCAGCUUAGUUGCCUUACCGGGCUCCUGGACCAGUCGAUGGGAGACACCCUAGCGCUUGGGGAGAGCGCCAGCGAAGAUGUUGAAGAGUACGACAAAGAAAACCGCACGACAAACAACGCUAAAGGACAGGCGUCCUGCAACGGGACGGCCGUAGGAGGCACACUCGGUGGAGGAAUAAACCAAACGAAGCAGAUGAUCGAAACGUUGCGAGCAGAGAACAAGGCCCUUCGAGGGGAACUGCUGGAACAGCAGCAACAGCAGUUGCGCAGCAAACGCCGCGAGAGCAAAGAACGCAAAUCAAUGCCCAUCGAGCCGAUUUCGGACUCCGAAGCGUGGUCCGAACCAGACCGGGGUGUGUCGCUCGCCCGCAUUGGGUUGGAAGAUAGUGCGGCGCUUAAACAGAAGGCCUCUCCGACGGGUUCUGGGGGAGCAAUAAAUUCCUCAGGACACCACACAGCAGCCAUGGGGAUGAUGGAGUUGAGUUCGACCUCGGACAACGAGUCAGCGCUGCCCGGAGCCGGUGGGGCCAAUUUCGGCGGUACGCAGCGAAAGUCGGGAGGAUCCGCGGCAGAAAUCAAGCAGCUCCAAGAUAUGGUAUCGUCGCUUAACGAGGCGCUUCGGGAGAAAGACGGCACUAUCCUUGCGAUUCAGAGUCGACUGGUGGAUCUGGACAGCGAGUUGCAGCGUGAGCGCAUACGUUUGGCGACCGUGGAGUCGAAUGCAUCCGGCAAUCGGCAGUUAUCCGAACGAUGGGAACGCGAAGCAACGGAAUCGAGAGAAAAGGCUGAACGUGCGGCGGAGCGGUUGGUGUUGCUCGAGAGUGACAUCCGGCAGAAAGACGCUCAGAUCGAGAAGUUGCGGAAGGAGCGCGAGCAAACCGCGGUGGACCUGCGAGUGGCGGUCAUGAAGCUGCAGACAAUGCACACCGAGUACGAGGAGAUGCAGGAGCGGCACAAGCGCGACAUCGAUGCGAUGCUGGUGAAAGAGCAGCAGAAGCUGGAGGAGCUGCGCCGCAGCCUAAACGAAUCAUUCCGCAACGAACUGCAGCUGAAGCAGCAAUCCUUCGACACGGCCCUGGCGCAGAAUUACAUCUCCAAAAACAUCCACCAGGAGAAGCUGCGCGAGCUGGAGGAGCUGCACUACCGGUUGGAGGAUGCGCACAACGAUAUUUCCACGAUGGCACAGGCCGCAGAUGCCAUGCGGAAUCAGCUGACAGACCACGAGCGGUCGGUGCUGGCGAUGAAGAAAAGUUUAGACGAUGUGACCCUGCAGGCUUCCAAGGCGGCCAUUGAACGCACGAAGGCCCUUAACGAAAAACGACAACUGGAGAGUGAGCUUGGGCGGGCACGGGAUGACGUCGAACAGCUGAAGGCGGAGAAGAACGAGCUGAACGAGCGAUUGCAAGUGGUCAUGCAAGCUUCGCGCCAGGUUUCCACGGGUGCUGGAAAUGCUCGCCCGGACACUAGCGAUGGGCGUCAUUCUGCAUCUGCCACCGACGAGGAGCUUACAGGCAGACGCCGGCUGGAGAAUUCUUCUCCUGAUCUAGGCAUCGAAAGCGAUCCGGGCCGGCUGUCGAAUAUGGAGCUUGGCCAUAGUAGCGCGCUGAAGGUGUCUGCCUCGCCGCAGCAAAGACCGCUGCUAAAGACCCUUGAGUUGACGAAGUCGAUGUCAAAUCUGCUGUUGAAUCCUACACUGGAAAUCAAAACAGAGGACGGCGACUCGUCGAAGGGAGCUGGACAGGAGAUGUUGCAAGCAACGACCAUUGUGAAACACGACUGCGCCAAGAUUGAAGCGGACUAUGGAGAGCUGAAACGCCGGUACAAGGAAACGCGUCGCUGCCUGUCGCAAGCUUACGACAACAUCAAGUCAGCUAACAAGCGCAAGGAGCAGCUCGAGGUGGACAUCAAGCAGCAGAUCCACAAAACGCGCGCCGUCCUUAAGACGGUGCACAAUAACAUGGAUCCUGGCAACGACCGGGUGUAGUUGGGAAACUUGAGAUUUCGCGCCCGGCAAGAAGACAGCACAACGACACCAACAGUAAAAUUUGUAAUUGUAAAUGAUGCAAGUGAUUUUGUACAUAUAUUCACGCGCGUAUCGGAAGGACGAGAAGAAGCUGAUUAUUUAUGAUCCCAAUGUUUUAUUUUUUGUUACAACGUAUAUUCUUUCGGUGAAGCACGGCUGACAAUGCGUGAAUAACCUUGUGUAGAUUUUUACUGAAUGUGAGCCUCUUACAUCCACCCGUCCCGGAAAUAGUUAACCACAUGGUGAACACAAUGGAAACAAGUAGGACUGUUAAAUGCAAGCAAUUCAAUGCACAAACUGUACAUAUAAAAUGAAACGAGUGAGACAGGAUAGAUGAGAUAGGAAGGAAGGAAAGUUAUAUAUUUUAAAUCCGUGAUGCGACUGUGGAAAGUAGAUGACGCUAGUGUGUGGAUUGUAUUAGACGAAGAAGGAACCGUGCGGAAGAAUGUGAGACUACUAGAGUAAUGAGUAUUUUGGCGAGUGCCAGCAAAUGCGUGUACGAAGUAGAUCAAUUCAUUGAAUUUGUCCAUUCAGAAGAGAGCAUUUGAGAUAAAUAAAACCAACAAUGUU